CUAGAACCUCUGAACUGUUAGGCAGAUGUGCUAACCAAUAGUCCACUUGUGCAACCUCCUGCCUGUAUACUCACAGGAUAGCAAAUUAGAGCCAACUCAGUUUUUGAAAGGUAUUAUUUGCAUUGGAUCUCCUUAGUGCAGGUGUACCUAAUGUUAUGGCUCGCGAGAAUUCAUACACAUGAAAACCACUGGCUUCGGGCAUCAUUAUUACAAGCAGGUAGAGAAGGUCCCUGCGUGAUUGGCUUCCGACUCGGAGUGGGCGUGGCUCGAAGAGAGCAGCUGCUUUUUGCAGGGAGUCUCCAGUCCGUGCAAAGCGACGCUGAGAGGCAGCAGGAGAGGAGGAGGCGGCGGAGGAGGCGGCGGAGGACAGCAUCACAAAGUUUGAGGCUGCAGCCGAGGAACCUCGCGUGGCAUCAGGUAGUGAGUGAAUUGGAGCUGCUGUAACUCAUCCGCGGUUGACGUCAUGUCUGCAGAGGACGUCACCCGGAGUAGAUUCUAAGACUCAGCUAUUGGACUCGUCUUUUGAAUGAAUGAAGUUCACACAUCUGACAGACUCACACUUGCUAUUUUCUACCUCUUGUUGCCUCACCAUUAGUCUUUUUUUUUUUGUUUUUUUUUUUAAAUGUGUGUGUGUGUGUGUGGCGCUCAUCCCAAAGGGAAAUGGUGAGAAGAACUUCUCUGGACACUUGACUUCUCUGACCCACUUGUCACUCUUUAUUUUGGUAGGCAGUGGGAGGACUUUUGCAUUUGGUUGGGCCUUACUGUUAGUUACUGUUACUUUUGCAUUGAUCAUCCACUGAACAAGACAGUAGGAAAACCUCAUCAGUAUUGGUGACCUGACAGCCAUACAUUGCUCUACCCAACUGCUUUCUUAAUCAGUGCCGUAUCAGUUCUCAGAACAUUGACCUUGCCUUCCCGUGACUUCCUGUCUUCUCUGAUUAUUGCCCUAAAAAUAUGAUCGCCUGAGGGGGGGGGGGUUCAGUGCAGACAGCGUUGCAAUUUCCCUCCUAAGCAGUCCUUAUUAAUAUAAAAGGGUGCGGCACGUUGUCACAUCAGAUUAGGAAGACAGUUGUCACUUGAACUGACCUACAUUUAACAAAAUAAAUCAGAGGAAACACUGCCCUGAAAAUAGCGCAACUUAAUACGCCAUCUUUGGUUUAAACUCCAAAAGAGAUUUACAAAACCCCACAAUCAGUUGCUCAUGAACACCUUCCCUUCCUUCUCCUCACCACCCCCCAAUACACCAACCAUCCAGUCGGUGUGCAAACCGUGCUUCCGGGCCCCGUGGAGGAUGAGCGAUGGGCCCACGCUCGACUACGAGUUGCUGCUGUCCCCGGCCGGCUCUUCCCUCCCCGGCGGCGCUGGCGGCGGCAGCAGCAGCGGCCCCCCACUGGCCUUGGUCGGGGUGGACGCUGAGCAGCGCACCGCUUUGGCCUUCGUGGGCCUGCUCAUGCUCUUUCUGGUCUUCCUGCUCGUCAGGUGCUUCAGGAUCCUGCUGGACCCCUACAGUCGCAUGCCUGCAUCAUCCUGGACUGACCACAAGGAGGGGCUGGAAAGGGGUCAAUUUGAUUACGCGUUGGUGUAGGAGGGGCUCAAGAAGGGUAACAUUGCACAUGGAUACCAUCUGUCACAGCUUUGAAUUGAAAUCUAAAUGUGGACAAUGAAUCAUAUUGUGAACACACUCAAGGAGUUUUUGUGUGUGUGUGUAAAUGUUCAUGUCAAAGCCUGGUUUUGGAUGAUGUGUGUUAGUGUAAAUAUGAGGCAUAACAUGACUGCACUCAUGCAGACCAGCAGGACCACAAAAAGCCAAAAUGAUGAAGCUGCACAGCUGCCUUAAUCUGACCUGUUGUACGAGCUUGACAGCACACGGCAAAGCAUCACAUGAGCAAAAUACAAAUAUAUCAAUUAAUUUUCAUUAUCUUCACACAAAGUUUUCAAGUGUGGGACAGUGAGAAUAUGAAAAGGCUAAUUGUAACAACAGUUAAAUAAUUUCCUUUCAAAACAUAAAGAUGCAUUGCAAAAUUCUGGUGAAAUUUCACGUCAGAUCAUUUUUGAAUAUCCUGUAACACAGUGGGUCAAAGUAGAUAAAGUAAAGUGAAUUAAGGAUGUUACUGUCAAGGGGCACUUAAGUCUUGUUGCAUUGUUUUACAAAGUCACAGCGUACAAUGGAGUAAAAAACAUGCAGUUUUUCUCAGCCCAGUGAGUGUGCAUGGACGUGAAACAUUUGCUGCACUUUGCUGGUUUGUGUGUGAGGGGGCGGGGCCAGGCGCUCGAGCAGAGUGGAGCACAGACACACAGGAGCACAGCGAGGUGGCAAAAAGGUCACCUACAUCGGUUACACAUUGACCAAUGACGAUUUUAUCGAUGGUCUGCUAAAAUCGGCCCGAUUAAUCAGUGGGCCAAUUACAGUGGGUUUCAAUCAAUAUUAAGAGAACUUAAUAGCUGUAAAACAAAAAAAAUAAGUAAAACCGCUUUUACGUUUCUUUUAGGUUGGUAAAAUAACUUGUAUACUUAAUAUAUAUUUAUAUUUAACUAAUUGCAUUGAUCAUGUACUGAGCCAGCAGACGUUAGUUCCAUUUCCUUUUCCUCUUUGCCAGCACUCGUUCUGUGGUGGCGUCACUUAAGGUGAAAAAGCUAAACGAAAAGAAGACACACAAUAAUAUAAUAUUAACUGAAUUCUCACAAGAUGGAUAUAUAUGGUCUCCACACAGGUUAUUUGAACCCGGGUCCUCAGAACUGUGAGGCACAAGUGCCGCUAUAUAAUAUAUGUAUAAAAUGAUUUUGUAUUUUUUUUCCUCUCUCAAGCUGCUGAUUUAAGGUUUACAUUUGGACAGCUAACAUCAGAUCAUGCCGCUAACACAGGCAAAAAUGGCGAGUUUACACUUUAGCAGAGGGCCCUUUAAUUCAUCAAAGCUGUUACAAAGCAUUCAUUAGUUAUGGGCUCAUCAAGGAUAUCACAUGCUAACAUUUUUUUCUGGGUGCAAAUUGUGUUGAUAGACGUUGAUCCUUGAAUAGCACUGCAACGUCAUGCUUUUAAGGCCACAGCAGGUCGUUCAUGUCUCCUUCAAUUCUUAUCAGUGUUGUGUGUUUGUGUCUAUACCUUGAUAAGCCAUAUUGAUUCAAUAUAAAUAUAAAUAUAUAACCUCUUACUUGCACGUACCGUUUGUGUUUUUUUUUUUUUUUUUUUUUUCAUUUGCCAGCCAAGUGUGGUGAUAAAGCAAAAGCAAUCUUUAGCUAAAAUAUUGCUUUAUUUUUCUAAUCUUGACUCAAGUUUUGGAGUCUCCUUUUUGCAAUCUCCCCGUCCUUCCUGAAUAUGUAAAAGUGCACUGUAUAUUUUGAAAGUAGUGACUCAGCCAUGUCUUUGAGGGAGACAAAGCUGAUUGCUUCUCUGUUUCUUUCUGUUUUGUAAUAACAUCUUCUAAGACGUGUGUUCUUUGGUUUUGAUACUCUGGGUACGAUUGGUCAAAAAUAAAAAUUACAAAAAUGUCCUCUUCAGUUGUGUGUUGUUCAUUUUGUCACAGUGGCAACCCGAAGUAUAUGUACAUUUAAGAUAUGUAUGAACAUAAAGCUGACCUGGUUGACACCUCUUCACCUUUAUCCAUCCAUCCAUUUUCUAUAUCCCAGCUGACUUUAAGGGAGAGCUGGGUACACCCAGUACAUAUAGACAAACAUACAUGAACAUUUACUUUCACACCUACGGUAUACAAUUAACCUAACAUUCAUCUUUUAGGAAUGUGGAAGGCUAGAGCUGGUGAGUCAAACCUCAGAACGGCUGACAUGCUAACCGUUGGUCCAC